AAAAAAAAAAAAAAGGAAAAAAAAAAAAGAAAGUCUCAUGAAGGAUCAGCCACGCUGCUAGGCCCCACCCGGCCCUCAGGGGCCCCCAGGCUUUAAGGGGACUCCUGGCUCACGGCCAGGCCCUUGGUGCUGGAGGAGGUGGUAGGUGGAGGACACCGGGCACCAAGCGGGCAGCCAGGACCCCUGGGCUGCAGACAAGAAAGGGACUGUGGGGUCCACUGGGUCUGGGCCACAUCAAGGAGUGUGGUUGAAGAUCCGCCCUAGGAGCUGAAAGCCAGGGCGCUAUCAGGGCUGAGAGUCCCCAAACAGCCCUUGGGCCCAGGAGUGUGAAGCUGGGAGUAGAGGGCAGAGCUCCCACCCCGCCCCGCCCCCAGGGGGCGCCCCUGGCCCGGCGCGAGAGGAGGCAGAGGAGGCGCCAGGCCGCUGGAGAGGAGGCCAUGGGCGCGCGCCGGGCGCCGCUGCUGGCGCUGCUGCUGGCGCUGGCGGGACUCGGGAAGCCGAAGUCAGAUGAGGUGGAUCUGUCGUCAGGACCAUGCGGCCAACGGGUCAUCACGACGCGCAUCGUGGGUGGACUGGACGCUGAACUCGGGCGUUGGCCAUGGCAGGGGAGCCUGCGCCUGUGGGAUUCCCACGUGUGCGGAGCGAGUCUGCUCAGCCACCGCUGGGCGCUCACUGCGGCGCACUGCUUUGAAGACUCACCACCAUCCAUCCCACCCUCAUUCCCCUCCUGGUGGACGUGCAGUACAGUGUGGAGCACUGAACCAAGAGAGAGUGACCUUAGUGAUCCCUCUGGGUGGACGAUCCAGUUUGGCCAGCUGACUUCCAUGCCAUCCUUCUGGAGCCUGCAGGCCUACUACACCCGUUACUUCGUGUCGAAUAUCUAUCUGAGCCCUCGCUACCUGGGGAAUUCACCCUAUGACAUUGCCUUGGUGAAGCUGUCUGCACCUGUCACCUACACUAACCACAUCCAGCCCAUCUGUCUCCAGGCUUCCACAUUUGAGUUUCAGAACCGGACAGACUGCUGGGUGACCGGCUGGGGGAACAUCAAAGAGGAUGAGGAACUGCCAUCUCCCUAUACCCUCCAGGAAGUUCAGGUCGCCAUCAUGAACAACUCUAUGUGCAACUACCUCUUCUUCAAGUACAGUUUCCGCACGGACAUCUUUGGAGACAUGGUUUGUGCUGGCGAUGCCCAAGGCGAGAAGGAUUCCUGCUUUGGUGACUCAGGUGGACCCUUGGCCUGUAACAAGAAUGGACUGUGGUAUCAGAUUGGAGUCGUGAGCUGGGGAGUGGGCUGUGGUCGGCCCAAUCGGCCCGGUGUCUACACCAAUGUCAGCUACCACUUCGGGUGGAUCCAGAAGCUGAUGGCCCAGAGUGGCAUGUCCCAGCCAGACCCCUCCUGGCCGCUGCUCUUUCUCCCUCUUCUCUGGGCUCUCCCAGUCCUGGGGCCAGCCUGAGCCUACCCAAGCCCGUGCAGGCUGGGGCCACUGCUAAGUCAGGCCCUGGUUCUCUUCUGUCUUGUUUGGUAAUAAAUACAUUCCAGUUGAUGCCUUGCAGAGUAUUCCUCAAA